CUUUUAAAAAUUAUUAUUAUGUUAGAAACGAACCAAUAUUCAUUAUCUGGCACUGCCAGGGUCGAGUUUCGUUAGAAACAAAAUUCAUUGUAGUCCUUUUAUCAGUGUCCACAGAGGAAUUUUCUAGCGAUGGGGUAGGUCUGCAGUAGUACCGCCCUCUGACAGGCAACGAGAAUCUUCUUAAGAAUGUUAAGGGCCUUGGAGGUGUCUGUUGAAGUCAGUUGUUAUUAUCCCCUCGGUUAUAACAAUGGGGUAUAUUGUUGUUUUAGAUAACUUCCAUAAACGUUUAAUCUCCAAGCCUGAAUAUUAUUAUAUUUGGUGUUUCACUAUUUACAUUUAGAGUGUUGAUCUCUUAUUUUGAUUUCUUCUUAUUUUGAGGCCACGUAAAGUAUCACAUUUUUAUUUUGGCUUAAUUCUUUUAUUUUGAGAUGUUUCCAUAAGACCUAAUGUGAUUACUAAGAACUGAAAGCGAAAACUUAUUGAUUGUUUCAUUUAUUAAUUCUUAAAGUGAAAGAAAUACCCCCUUUUCAUUAUUCACAAUUUGUAGUAGAAGUAAUUCUGAUGUUGUGACUAAGCGCCAAAGUUUUUACGAUUAUGAUCCUUUUUUGAGAAAUUUGGAUUUGGAUUUAGCUACACGAUAGCUACACGUCUAUGCCUAAUGGGAGAUUAUUCAUGCACUCUAAGCAAGCUAGUAACAUGUGUCGUUCGAUUUAACAAACUUGAAAAGAAAGAAAACUAUUCAUUGAUCUUUCAACUAAAUAAGAAUGAUGUAUUGAUCGCUGAAGCGAAAAGGAUUCUUUGUAGAAAAAAAAGUUUGAUAUGGAUUUUUGAUCAGGACUCGGCUCUCUACCAGGAAAUACACUGAACUUUGAAGUGGGGAAAUUGUAUUUACUUAAUGUGAUUUAUGGAACGCAUUAAAUAAAGCUGUUCCAGUUAUGAGAUGAUACCGGCGACGGCUAUGCAUCACAACUGGCAGGGCUCUGACCGACCCAAGUGGGCGCUGCAGCCUGCAGGACAAUCUAUAAGAAAUACCAUUCCUAGACCAGCACGGACUAGCUUGAAAGCUGAGUCUAAUUCUCAGGUCAACACGCAAGCUGCUGUGUCUGAUUGCAAGGAGUUAACAAAGGAACUGACCACUAUAGAUGAAAAGAAAGUGAAACUCUUGCAAUUGGUUCAUUUGAGUCCAGAGCUGAGAUUCAAACGCCUCAUUCAGUUGGCAAGCCAUGGAAAACGUAAUACAGUCUUACCUCCCCUUGGAAACAGCCAAACAAGUUCCCAGACUCUGCUGUCUUCAGACAAUCCUGGUGAUUACCUGAAAGUCAGUGUUGACGUCGAUAAGAAGAUAGUGACACAUCUAAAGCAGCGUAAACUAAUCCGGCGUACGCCCAGGCGUUCAGACAUCACGUCGGACAAGUUCAAAGAUGAACCAGAGAAUGGUCACUCUAAUAGAGAACAGUUGAAAAGCGGAAAGUCUAUUGAUGGCAGAGAGAGGCUAUUCAAAGCCUACUCUGAAACAGGUGAGAAAAUUGAGCCUAGAUCCAAUUAUACGAGGAGAAAGCAAAACGGCGCUGUUUUACCGAAAACGACUCUAAAUGGCCAUAGGACCACCCUUGAGACCAUCGAAACCCACAGUCUUGCAGAGGAAACUAACCAAAGCUCACCGUAUACCAGUCGCAAUGGAAGCGAGUCUCAAAACAGUGCUUCAAACCAAUACGACAAUGACACACAAGACAACAGCAGUGACCAGUUCAGCGAAGAUGACCUAACUGACCAUGUGGCGCUAACGUCCAACAAGAAGCGACAUCGUCACAAAGCGCUGAUGACCGAAGUGACCAGCAUUGAGUCGACUGCUGGUGAAACUGAAGAACCAGCGCUGGUCAGUGAAAAUGAAGAUUCCAACUUCACUGAUGACAGCUUUCACGAGGUGGUUGUUAGCCCUGUACAGACACCUACAGCAACCAGGCCACCAACAAGAGAAAACACAAAAUUUGUCUUUGAAGACAGCAUGGCAUCCAUCCUAGCUGGACAAGCCAAUAAAAAAUGCCCACCGGACCAGACCGUUGUUAACGUUUAUGUAGCUUCCGGUCCAUCAGAUUUCGAGGCGGAAAGAACAUUUUUCCAGGAGAAUUUAUUCCCGAAGCUUCGAGAAUUCUAUCUUCAAAGAGGUCAAGAAAUCAGAAUCUUAGACUUACAUUGGGGCUUUAAAGACACUAUUUGGGAUGACCACAAAAUUCCGAAGAUCAUUCACAAAACCAUAGAAAAGACAAGAAAAUCAAAAUUUGGGUUAAAUUUUGUGGCUUUGGUUGGGCAGAAGUAUGGGCCCAAAGUUUUACCAGAGGAGAUUCCUAAAGAUGACUACGAAGCAAUCUAUGCGGCAGCCUUGGCAUACAGAGAGGAACAGCUUAGGCUGAACAGCAUUAAGAUAUCUCAUAUAGAGGCCCAGAGAGCCCAGAGAGAGAAAGAGUUACCUCCUGUGAAUGAAGAAGACACUCCAGUGCCAGACGAAAGUGUCCCAAAUGGCGGUGUUACCUACCCAGACUCAAGCUACGAGCGCAACGCGAGCUCCGAACCUUCUUCUAGUGAAAACCCAAUUCAAGCGGCGGAUGAAAGGAGGCGUAAACGUAGUAUGGCUCAGAGGCAAGAGCAGCAAGCUAUCAAGAUUUUAAAAGAGUCUGAAGAGCAGUUACCUGACCUUGACCUGCUGAGUCAAUGGUACCAGCUAGAUACCAAUGCCGUCCCACCUGUGUAUCGGCUUCAAAAUAUAAGUUCUGUUUUCAAAGACAUCUCUAGAAAUGACUCCUCCAAAAGGGCUCAGGCUAAAGCUGCAUUUAUGACUUUGGCAAAUAAAUUUUUGGCCAUUUUCUCAACAUUUGGACACAAGUCAUUAACCAACAUAUGGUAUUUUGAGCAUUUGACUUCAUCUGUGUUCGGCAGAGAACUUGAAGAUAUUGUUGAUAAUGAGGGGACCUGGGACAGUACGGUGUUUCUUGUGAGAACCCUUGACAACUUGCAGAACAACUUAGACGAUCAAGCUGCCCAGGACUACGUGGAUCUGGCCACUGAAAGACCCCCGAAACUUGAUACCGUGGCCUGGGGAAAGAUGAAAGAGCUGACAGAAACUAUACACAAGAAUAAAGUGUCAGCGGUUAGUAAUUUCUUACUGGACUGGUCACCGGGAGGUAUCAAGCCGGACCUUCGCAGGGAGCACCUUGUCCACGUGGAGAGAAUGUCCAAAGCGGUAUCUGAUUCUGUGGUGAGACAUUUGCACGAGUUGGACACAUCCUUCGGGAGAAACAGGACUUGGCAAGGGAAGCUAUUCCAGGAAGUGGCAGAGCAUGUGAGAUGUUGUCAACAAAAAGCCACAAAUUUCCAUGGACGGAAAGAACUGUUAACAAGUAUAAAGACCUACUUGAAAUCUCAAUCAGAUUCUCCUCUUAUUCUUUAUGGGAAAACCGGAAGCGGAAAGACCGCCAUCAUGUCGAAAACAGCCAAAGAGGUUUUCAAAUGGUUUAAGAGUGAUGAAGAGCCCCCAAGAGUUUUGGUUCGUAUGAUCGGCUGUACAGUUAACUCAACUAGCACUAGAGACAUGCUACAGGACGUGUGCUAUCAACUCUGCUAUAUGUUUGGACAGAGCCCGGAUGAAGUUCCCACGGACUAUAAGGGAAUCUUAAAUGAUUUUGGCUGCAGGAUUGGUCAUUCUACAAGUUCCAGGCCUCUAAUCAUCAUAAUCGAUGGCACUGAUCGUCUGACAAAUGAAAAUGAAGGGAGAAAACUACAGUGGCUUCCAGUCAAAUUACCUCCUCAUGUCAAACUGAUAUUGUCAACAGUGUCCGAUGACAAGUACGAAUGCCUGCCUGCUGCUAGAAAGAUUUUGUCCGGAAGUGUUCAAAAUUUUCUGGAUGUAGGUCAACUGACAGAGCCAGAUGCUUUACCUUUGCUCCGUUAUUGGUUCGAAUCUUCUGGAAGGACCGUAACAGAUGAACAAUUUCAAGUACUGAUCAACGCUUUCAGAAAAUGUCCAUACCCUUUAUUUUUAAAGGUUGCAUUUACAGAUGUCCUGACAUGGUCAUCCUACAUGAAACCAGAGUGGGCCAAACUUGGAGAGACAGUCAAAAAAUUGGCGACUCUUAGAUUUGGAAGGUUGGAGAGAGAUCAUGGCGAACCACUGGUCAGGCGUGCGCUAGGCUACAUCACAGCUUGCAGAAAUGGCGUUACAAGUAAUGAAAUGGAGGAUCUGCUUUCUCUAGACGACGCUGUCAUGGAUGACGUCGUGGCUGCAUUCAAGCCCUCGGUUCGGCGAAUUCCGCCUCUACUUUGGAUCAGAUUGCUAGAAGAUAUAGAGGACUUGAUCUCUGAGUGCAAGGCUGAUAAUUUAGUGACUAUACGUUGGGCGCACUCGGAUAUAAAUGAAGCUGCCGAUGAAAGGUAUCUCGUACAACGAGAUAAAGCGCCUUCAUAUCAUAAAGCUUUAGCAGAAUACUUCCAGUCCAUAUGGGCGGGUACGCCAAAGCCAUUUACGGGAAAUGAAAAAGGAGCAGAUAGGUUAGUGUCAAAUCAAGAUUUAUUUUCCGAGCCACCAGACUCAAAGGGCUACGGUGACGAUCGCCUGUACAAUCUUCGUAAAGUCAACGAACUGCCUUAUCAUCUUCUCAGAGCCCAGCUGAACGUUCAGUUAAAGCAGUCUUGCCUUUGCAAUUUCGAGUGGAUGUUGGCCAAACUUUGCGGCACAUCUCUGGCAUCUCUUCUAGAAGAGUAUCAGCCAAUCAUAGCCGCAGAGCCUCAGGAGAUAGAGCUGAAGCUGCUCUACGAGUCUCUGCAUUUAUCAGCCAAAGCCCUCAGGUGCGACUGUAGACAGCUGGCGUCUCAGAUUGUUGGUAGACUGAACAACAUUCUCACGGACGAUAAUCCUAAAUCCCCAGGGGAUGUAAAAAAGUACCCAAAUCUUCACAGCCUUGUGGCAGCAGCGAAACAAUCUUCGCUUCCAGCGUUGGUUCCUUCAAUUAGCUGUCUGUCCGAACCUGGAGGUGUUCUAUGUGAUCAGCUGUCUGGACACGCAGAGCCCAUAACUGCUUUUACAAUGACAACUGAUGGAAUGCAGGUUCUGACUGCUUCCAAAGACAGGACAAUGAAGCUGUGGGAUAUAAGGACAGGCAGGGUAAUUAAAUCAAUUGAAGGUAUAGGUUGUAACGUGUCAACUCUGAAAAUAGCCAAAGACAAUUCAUUAGCUAUUACAGUAGAGGGCCAGGGUAUUAAAGUCUGGAGCAUUAAAUCACACAGUUGUUUAGCAAUUUUCGACAACUUUAUUGACCCACCCAGUAUAGCAGUGACAGCUGACGGUCAAAUUUUAGCGUCAGUUUUUGAUGGCUCGGCUUUGUUUCGAUCAUGGAGUUUGGACAGCUUUGUGUUGCUUUGUGAAGCGAGCUUUCCAGAUAAUAGCAUCCAUAAAGACAAUGCAGUUCUGAUUGCGGACUCUUCAGUUGGCGAUAAAAUCUUGCACGCGUUUAGAAGUAACAGUAUGGCUACAGUUCAAGCUGCUCGAUCUGGGCAGAUUAUUGGCACCCUACAGUGCCAUGAUAAGUCAUCGGCCAUCGUGGCCCUGGCCAUAUCUCGGGACUACUACAUCGUCUGCUGCAGACAACAGAAUGUCACGAUGAGCGAGAUUCAUACUCUGGAGCUCUUUGAUAUUGUCAAAAACACAUACAUCCGCAGCAUACGCGGCUGCCCUUUGGACAACGUUCGCUACCUCUUCGUCAACCUCGCAUGCAGCCACGCCAUAGGUGUCUCCUUCAACAAGGCUAACCACACCUCUGAUGUGGUGCUCUUUAACCUGGAGACUGAGGACCACAAACAUUUGGCGCACCACCCCUCUGUCAGCACCAUGGGAGCGUGUAUGGACUUCCGUUACUGCAUCACGGGGGCAGAGGGGGAGUGCUCCCUGCGAAUAUGGGACAUCAGCUCCAGGAUCAACCAACCCUCGCCAAAGGCCAAGAAGACUCACGGAGUUGCUGAAAUCUGGCCAAUGAUAGAUAACCCGAGGUAUGUUGUAGCCAAAGCAAUCAAUAAUGGACCAAUUAGCGUUUGGAACGUCGCCAAAGGAAAAUGUCUCCAGUCCGCAGUCAGGAUCGAGCGGGGUCUGGCCGAGGGCACGGACGCCAUGGUGAUCAGAAAUACAAAACUGGUCAUCCUGACUGACAAAGGGUACUCUCCCGUCACUCAGGACCAGAGACCUGUCUUUCAGACGGUCCUGGUGUAUGACCUUAAGCUCAAGAAGUAUGUCCGAAAGUUGACCGGCUGCUACAUCGUGCCGGCCCCAUCCCACGAAUAUGUACUUCUGGACAACGACUGCCUUCUAGGACCCUCCGAGAGCAGGUCCCAUUUUGUCAUCUGGAAUCUAUUAACUGGCCAUGCAGUAACUAGAAUUAAGACAACAUUCAAAGAUCUGGAGCGCAGAAAGACAGAUCGCAGCGGCUUGAGGACUGUGACCACACCGAAACCUAAGAGAACAUCGUCUGCUACUAUGACACCAUGGGACAGACGAGCAGAAUCCAGAUCUGCAAGACAACGCCGCCAUGAAGCGGAAGCGGAAAUGGAAAGGCAGAGGCUGGAAGAGCUUCGCAAAGAAAAAGAAAACGCAGUUGAUCAGUUUAUCAUCAGUGGUGAUCAGAAGAUUAUUGUGGCCUCUUUCUAUGCUCACCAUCUGUGCGUGUUUGAUGUGGAGGCCAAGAGACAUGUUCAGACUCUUCAGACUGAGUACUCUAUGAUGCUUCUACACAACGCGGCGCUCACGUUCGACGGCGGCCAUCUGGUCCACGCCAAUUAUGACGAAGAUAGCAAACUGAGUUACGUCACGCUCUGGGACUGUCGCUUGGGGGAAGUGAAAAGGAGGCUGAGAAACGAGUCUAAUGUGGCAGCCCUGGCCAUCACUGACGACGCGCAGAGAAUCAUCAUUGGCAGGGCGCCGAACAGGCUGCACGUUUGGGACCCGAUGAAGCCCAGCUCGCUCAGACGGAUUCGAGGCUACGACGGACUGAGGUUUGAGAUCAACUCGAAGAUUUUUAUCGUGGAGAACGGAAGAAAAGCCAUUGUCUUCGCAGUGGACAUUUCCGUCUGGGAUCUUGAGGCAGGUGCCGCUCUUGCCAUCUUCACCCCGGACACCAAGAUCACCGUCUGCGACGUGGUUCUCGGCGGUCAGAUCAUUGUCUUCGGAAUGUAUGACCGUCCGAAUCUGGUCAUCCUGAGGCUGAUGUCCAAUAAGAUGGCCCAGGUUGAGGACACUGGAGGUCUAGAACUGUUCGGGGAGACAACAGGAGAUACAACUGAUGAAGACGAAGAGGAGGAAGAGAAAGAGAAAAAAGAAAACUCUGGCAAAGACAGCAAAUAAAUCUCUGUGUCCUUGUUUUAGUAUGCUAAACUAGUUGAAAUCAAUAGAUCUAAUUUAAUGAAAUUAUAAAACCUAUUUGUAUUGAAAGCUGAAUACAAAGUAUGUCUCUAUGUGACUGCCAUCAUAGUUAUACAUAUUUCUUAUUAUUCAAAUGUUUACUUUUACAUUUUGUAUACUUUAUAAAUGAAGGAAUAACUUAUUUAUUUAUGAUAUUUAUAGAUGUAUAAAUAUACCAGAAUUAUGUUGCGUAUUUAGCAAAUCACACAAUAACACUGUGUCCAGUAUUAUUUUCCUAAGAUAGAUCAUUGAUUGUUUCUGUUUAUUUAUCUUCUAUAUUUUAUUAUUAUAUUCUUCUGAAAUUUAAAUAUUUGUAAACUUAACGAAUGAGGAUAUCUUGUAUUUAUGUAUCUUAUUAUUUUUAAAAUUAUUCGGCAUUUUUAGAACGAUGCUGCCGUAUUAUUGGUCCAUUUAUUAUUUAUUUAAAUGUUAUGCAAUAGCUUUUAGAGAUUGCAGUGUUAUUUGUAUGUCUAUUUAACAACCUAUUAUACAUUUUUCUGUGAAUUACUUUACAAAUGCGUGGUGUCAGACCUGGAACAGUUUAAGUCAUUGAUUAUCAUGCAUGACUAGAUUGACCUAGGGACAUGUGUAGGACGUAUUCAUCUUUUUUUUUAAGUAACGUCUGUAUUUGAUAAGAUAAGAUAAUCUUCAACAGGUUUCGAAAAAUGACUAAGUAUAUCAUUCAUGUAGACAGUUAAUGGACUAAAAAAUAAUAACACUCGUCAUGUGAGGGCCGGAUUUAGACUACUUAAGGCCCUAAGCUAUUUGAGGAACGGGGCACCAUGUAAUCAACAAAAAGCAAUUUAUUCCUUUGCUUUAUCUUCAAAACAAUGUUUGUGUCUUUAGGUAAAUCCAAAGCUGGUCAUUACUAUUAACAUUUUAGAAUAGUGUUUCCCAAACUUUUUCUUUUUGGAAAAGAUUUUUUCUAGAAUUGUCCAUUUCAUUAAGGUCGCACAUUCUGAGAAGUCAGUGGAACACUUUGAUUAUUGUUUAGGGUUGGAUUAUUUCCUUUUCGCUUGAAUAAUUAACCCAUAUUCUAAAUUUAACAUUUAAUUUUUUUAAAGUAUAAGUCUAAAAUAAAAUACAGAUAUAAGCAUUAGUAAAAUUAAGGUUUGAUUUCUUUGAAAGCUUUGAGUCUUUGAAGAGCAGAACUACUUAAUGUCAGGUACGAUAGUGAUAAGCUGAGUGCCACUAUCUGAUGUGUCAAGCCUGUUGCUAAACCGGGUCUUUUAUUUCAACAUUAUAAGGAAAUGCUGCUUCAUACAAAUAGAUCUUAGGAAACGGAAGUGAAAUAACGAUACUUUGUUUAAGAAUAUUGUGUCACAAUUGUGACUGAUUCGACCAGAAAUCAUUUCGAUCUAAUGGUUGAUCGUUGUAUCAAAUAAAAGUCAAAUUAGAGCAGUUCAAAGUUCAUUGUGAUGUUGCUAUAGAAUUAUUAUUUUUUCUGUUCUGCAUUUACAGUUUAAUUAACUCACAUGUAGGCCUACUCUAGUUUAGGAAACGCUGUGUUAAAUCUUGAAGUUCAGUCUACAGAGCACUGUCCCAGAAAGAACACAAGAAUCGAACGAAUGUAAGAAAUCUGUUGGGUGCAAAGUAUGUUCUUUACGUUUUUUAAUCUUUCAGAACAGCAGAGGUGACCUUGAAAUACAACCGUAACAAGCCGCACAUAAGGGAGAAAUAAUCUCUCGUCUAUUUCAUUCAACAAACAUAUCACUAAUAAAUUUUCCCUUUUUAUGCAAAGAAAAGCAAGUUUAAAAAUGUUUCUUUUUUUACAUAGAUAAACUGCACUUUCGUCGGUUUUGUUUGGGGUAGUUAGUAUGUGUGCACACAAUAGUUAUUCAGACAUCCUCUCCAGGACCCUGAUAGCAAGUCAAGCGUGUAUAUUUGUAGUAACAGUGCCUGCAAGCAGCCACAAAGUUAUUGUUAGGAAUAACGUAACAGAAUAUACCAUAUUAACAAUAAUCGACACCAACUUCCGAUCUUUCGUGGAAUUUGACAUUAACAAAAUACCUAGAAUCCGAACUGUCAAUGGAGAGGCUGACUCAUCUACAAGAUUUAUCUUGUGCACGCAAGCCCUGGAUACUGAACCAAUAUGGCUCUUCGUUCUCCAGUUGGCAGAGAUUGCUGGCGUCCUAUACAAGCUAUUUCAACAUAGCAAUGGAGCUGAACGUGGUGACCGACUUCCAGAUUCAACAGGUAGGCAAUCUAUCAGAAAUAGCAACGACAUUGUCACAGGCCUUUGACAAGAUCAAGGCCAACCUUAAAUGGAUGGAGAACUACCAACCACUAAUUCGUCAGAUAAUUUACAGAAAAACUAGCCCGAUCCGCAAAUUGUCAAUGAUUCUAUUCCAUAUAGUAUUUCUAUAUUAGCAUAGGACCUAUCUACGAUAUGAAAAUAAUUCGUCAUAUAGUAUAUGUGGUCUGUACACUUUGGUGGAGAACAUUUAAAUUUUAAAAUUUCGUUACAACCUGGAAGUCGUUACGUUGACAUAUAUAAAUGUAAUGUUUUACUUUAUUUUUUACACUGAUUUCUUUAAUGUAUAUAUUUUGGAAAUACAAUAUUUUGUACUAUUAAAAACUAUUAUUAGUAAAAUUAUUUGUACACUACUAAAACAAAAACAAUCGUUUAUGUUGAGUUGGUUUACUGUGCUGUAGUAGGUAGCCCGUGCUAUAUAGUUGUAACAUUUAUACUAAGGUUAAGUUUUAAAACUGGUGAAAGCAAUUGGAAUGGUCAGUAAGUCCCAUUUUUAAUAUGAUCUUCAUAUUGUUACAUAUUUGAAUUAUCAGUAUUAUUUCCAGUCAGUAUGCAACUGUUUUAUUUCAUGUUGGUCUAUAAACCAACUGUGAUCGAUGUGUAAUUUUAUAUCAUAAUUUUGACCGGAUGUAAUCCUUACACACCUUCUCUUGUUCAGCUGAUGUCGUUGCAUUAUUUAUAUUUUACAAAAUCAAAACAUUAUAAUCGUAAUUUGCUUUGCUGUGAUAUUUUUUAUUGUAAUAAAACGUUGAAACCUACAAA